GAAGACUUUGAUGUGCGGACGAUCCAAUGCAAAUUCAUGGUGAAGCGAGCCACAUGUAAAUAUGACGAAUUGGCCUCGAAUUCAUUCAUCGGUCAUUUCAUUCUCCACUUGGCAACGAAGGCGCAGUCACUGUCACUGUCAGUUCUAAGCGUCGCCUGGUAACACAACCGACCAUUGAAACACCUCACUCUCGUUCACCGGAUUCAGAAUGCACCACGAAGCUACUGGUCUUCGUGGCUGCUAGUCCUUCCUUAGUACUGCGUGCAAUGCCCGCUUUCCAGUAUGGGUGCCUCAGAGUCCAAGCUCGUGUUCAAGCAGGGGAUCUUCAAACUCUCCGAAGAGAGGAACAUCCCCGCCAAUGAUCCAUAUUGGACAGGAUUCUGGGAAUUACCAGAGUCGGUCGAGGAUGUAUUCAGUCUCUUCUCACAUAGCGACAUCCGCAGAGCCCGAGACUCAGCCCUUGAGAACCUCGAGACCCUGAUUCUGGCGGUGACAUCCCGCCUCAAUGUGCUGAAGAACCAUCCCUCGUUUCCAGAUCCCGACCUCGCGCCGGAACGAGAUGCCCUAAAUUGCAUACGAGUUCUAACUAGACUAUUACCCUACGUAUACGAGGCGGAGCCACUGGCAGAAUGGGAAGAGAGGUUCUUUUGGGGCAUGCGCCGCCGUCGGACGCGGAAGGCGCAAGUGGCUGGCGAGAUACUAUUCGAUGACAACCAGCGUGGCGACAUUGAAGAACAGGACGGCGAAGAGCAGGAGUUCGAAGAAGCCAAGCCGCUUGCUGAAGAGUUGAUUGAUACCUUGAUUGACCUCCUCUUCUAUGCGGGUUUUACAAUACCUCACCUACCUCAGGCUAAGAGCAAGGUCACAUACGCCAUAUGGCAGAGUGGUGUCGGUUGUAAAACAUCCAUCCCGACCAACAAAGAGCUCGAGAGCAACAGAUGUGAGGUGCUACGUCUGCUAUUGACGCUUACCAGCAAAGCCAUGUACAUGCCAUCCGGUACGCUUCCCGUUCAAGGCGUCAAAGCCAUCACAUACAUCGCAACUUGUCCAGACAAGCAGAUCGUCUUGUCUGUUCUGUGCUCCCUCAUCAAUACUACGAUCAAAUCAAAUACCAGUUCCUGGCGGCUUCCCUACGAUCAUGUAGUCCGCCGAGACUCGAAACAGACCCUUGUCAUUUACAGUCUACAAUUCCUCCUUGUUCUCCUUCUCUACCCUGUCCCUGAGGGUGGAAGUUCAACAGCACCAAAGAACUUCUACCGUCAUUACUUGGGUCGUCUGCACAGACCAGAAGAUUUCCAAUUCCUUGCCGACGGCAUGACGCGAGUCUUGAGCCAGCCAAUGGAAGCCACCUCCUCCUAUUUGCCUGGUAGCCAGAAAUCAGUCAAAUGGGCUCCAGAGAUGAUAAUGCUGUUCUGGGAAGCUCUUCAGUGCAACAAAAGAUUCCGCGCCUUCAUCAUCGAAUCCAAUCGGGCCCAUGACUUUAUCAUUCUGAUGCUCUUCUACGCUCUCGAAUAUAAGACCGACGCUUCGAAGCAAGGCAUUGUACGGAUGUGUGUAUUUGUCUUACAGACCAUGAGUGUGGAGUCACCUUUUGGCAACAAUCUUAACAAGAAGUUCGAAGGACAAGACUCCUUGCCUGCCUCGAUACGACUGUCCAAUUUCCGAGGCAGCUAUGCUGACUUCCUGAUCAUAUCCAUACACACCUUGAUCACCACCAGUAAGGGGAAAUUGGAAGCAAUAUAUCCAGCGCUGUUGGCCAUAAUUAACAACAUGGCCGCCUACGUCCAGAAUUUGUCACUGGCUGCAAGCAGUAGACUUCUGCAGUUGCUCUCUUCAAUGUCCACACCUAGCUUUGUUCUAGCGAAUGAGAGUAACCACACCUUACUCCAGGCUCUACUGGAAGCCAUCUCAACGAUGAUCGAGCAUCAAUAUACGUCCAGUUCGAAUCUGAUAUAUGCUGUGUGGCGAUCGAGAAAGAGGAUUGAAGGUCUACGUGCAUUCACUCUUGAAGGAGGUCAAGCAGAGAUCGAGCUGGCGGCUCAGAGACGAAAAGAAAGUGCACUCACAGACGUCAGCAACAACCUCUCGAGAUCUUCAACCUUGACGGAUAUGCAUACUCCAACUCGUGAGGAUCCCAUAUCGCCACGUACGGAGCCCGGAGUGGAUGGGACUUUUGCGAUUGGUGAUUCUGACGAGUCUGACAAUGAAGACGCUCCAACUCCUUCGCAAUCCACACAAUCGGUGCGCACAUCUCGAACACCUUCCAUAGCUUCUUCGUCGGCGGUUGAUGAUCAUGUCCCGGUUCAACUAUCAGGCAUGUCUGAGAAAGCUCGGGGCAAGAUGCCUGCUGGGGCAUUGACUUUCUCCCGGCAGAACAGCACCACCAGUCUUUCUGGCUCUUCAAGUUAUACUGGUGGCCGUGGCUCUUUCACACCGAACGCUGAGUGGCUAGAGAGUUGGCUUGCUGAUCUGCCACUACAUACUUUGUUGACCGUCAUCAAAGUCCUUUCGACACAUCCUUCGGUCUCUUCGGACCGAGCCCGCCCAAAUCCCGAUAGCUCGAGCGAUCCCUCACACAGAAGCUCAAACUCCGCCCCUUCCUCUCGUCGGCAGAGCCUUGCCAACGAUGAGCCAUCUAUUACUGAGUUCCGAGCUCAAAUUCCAAACACAGCCAAUCAUCCAGCAAUCUCUGCCAUCCUGGCUUCCCCGAGUCCGAUCCGGGUGCAUUUGUUCGAGUGGUCGCCACUGUCCUUGGGCUGGUAUAUGAGCGUUUUAUGGAGCUUGAUAUUCACGGCAGAGAUGAUGAUCACUCCCGCAUCUUCGACGGCAGCGACUCUGACCGGAGCAGGGGCCGUAGCUGCUCCAGUAGGUGUGUGGAACGGGACGCAUGUCAAGCUCUUCCAGGUCGCGACUGAGGGUCGUCGAGAAGGCCCUAGUCUGUCACAACCCAGAGGGGCAGUCGAUGCUGUAGGGUCGCGACUUGUCCAGGGUGUGCAAGGGUUGAACCUCGGUGGACUUGUAGGACGCGUCGGUGCCGCCGGGAGGAGCGUGAGUUCUCAAGGAUCAAAUGGAAACACUGGAGGACAAGGCUUGCGGACGAGAGAGGUCUAAGGAAAUGGCGCUCACGGGGUUUUCGUGCAGGUUAGAAAGGUAAUAUCCCCUGGCAGUUCUCCUUGAAAGAGUCGACUCCUGGACGGGUGAGUCGUCCUUAAUGUGAUGGAGACGGUGAGAGAGAAGCUGAGGCAUCCCGCCUCCCAUUCUUGGCUUUCAAUUUGGUUUCUUGAGCGAUGCAUCAGAUAUCACGGGAUCCUACGAUAGAUAUUUUUUUCAAAAAACGUUCAUCACGCACGUCGAUCCUUGAGUUCUUGUGGAAUUUGGUUCAACUAGUAUUUCUUCUUCUUCUGUUAGCCACAAUGGAAACCGACCAGCCUCCAAUGUGAC